GAUUCCUAUUCCUAUUCCUAUUCCCGUUCCUUGCGGGCCUUGUCCCUAAUCCGAACCCGCAACCCGGGGUCUCUUUCUGCUUCUCGUCUUCUCGUAUUCUGCUAUUUCCCCGCAUGAUUUAUUAGGAGCGAGACGUCGACGUUUUCUUCAGGCUUCGGCUCUCAUCUCGCAACGCUGAUUGAUGCAGAUCACAACCAUGUCGUCGUCCUCGGCGGCGGCGGCAGGGGGACUCAAGAUCUGUUUUAACGCGCACUGUAAGGAGGCUUUAACGGAGCAAACUCGCCGUAAGGGAUGGCGUCUGCGUUCAGGCGAGUUUGCCGAGCUCUGCGACCGCUGCCACUCUACUUUUGAUCAAGGUAACUUCUGUGAGACGUACCAUUUAGAUGCUGCUGGGUGGAGGAAGUGCGAGUCGUGUGGCAAGAGGAUUCACUGCGGCUGCAUAGUUUCAGUACCUGCUUAUAUGCUUCUGGAUGUGGGAGGAGUUGAGUGUUUGGGUUGUGCUAGGAAGGCUUACUCAGCGGUUCCAACUCAAGUUUGUUCACCUUCGGUGGUUCUUUCUCCGCUAGUGUUGGAGAAAUCAAAAGAAUGUACAAUCAAGAACUGGAACCAAGGUUCUGGUUCGUUUCCAGGACAGUGGCGUCACCCAUCGAACAUAUGGAAUUCAUCCACUAUCCAAUCUGACUUGCACCAACGGCUGUCAUAUGAGUUUGAUAGGCCAUCUAAUUCUGAGAAAUUGUUAGCUGGAGCAAGCUCUUCUAUUUCUUUACAGGAGAAGAAGCCCGAAGGCCUUCCUGGAAGAAUUGGAUUAAGUGGCCUAAACCAUGUUCCCCGGAAUAGAUAUGGAAACAAUUGUCCAACUUCUACAAGAAAAGGGAUGAUGUCAGAUGCUUCUGCUAGUUCCUCUAAAGUUAACUUUGAGACUUGUCAAAGUUCAUCCGGAAAAUCAUCAUCCUCCAUCAUACCAGUGGGAGAAUCAACAUCUUUACUAAUUAGCCUAACUACUCCUCUCUCUUCUUUGAAUGACAUAAGUGAUCCAAUCAGGGCCACAACGAAUCAUCCACAGCAUAAAGCAAUUCCUUCUCCAUUCUCUAAACAAAAUUAUCCCAACCCUAUAAACAGUUCUCACUCUGGAGAAUCACAAGCUCAGACUUGCAAUGGAAGAGGCCGGUUGGAUCCAAGGGCACACUCUCAUUUACUUCCUCGAUAUUGGCCUCGAAUCACAGAUCAAGAACUACAACAAAUAUCUGGAGAUUCAAAUUCGGUUGUCACGCCUCUUUUUGAAAAGAUGCUUAGUGCAAGUGAUGCAGGUCGUAUUGGACGGUUAGUGCUGCCAAAAAAAUGUGCUGAGGUGUACUUUCCAAUGAUAUCUCAGCCGGAAGGCCUUCCAUUAAAAAUGCAAGAUGCCAGUGGUAAGGAGUGGGUAUUUCAGUUUCGUUUCUGGCCUAAUAACAACAGUAGGAUGUAUGUUUUAGAAGGGGUUACACCUUGCAUUCAGUCUAUGCAAUUGCAGGCAGGUGAUACUGUUGUUUCUGCAGUAACAUUUAGCCGGAUUGAUCCUGAAGGAAAGUUUCUCAUGGGAUUCAGGAAGUCUUCUACUUCAUCUUGUACUGAACAGGAAAAUCAAGGAGCUAAAGCUGGGAAUGGUUCUUCAGCAUCUUCAGAUGUUAAAAACAAUGCUAUGGAUUUCAUUGCAAACCUUCCUCUUCGACCUCACAAAGGGAGCAUAGAAUCAAAAAACCAAACUGAGAGAACGGACAAGGAAAGCUGGUCUAUGAAUGACAAGGCUGGAUUCAUUCAGAAGGAUGGUCAUUUGCCAGUGGUUUCAUACAUUCCUUCCAAAAGGAAGAGCAGCACUCUCGGGUCUAAAAGUAAGCGCCUGCGAAUUGAAAAUGAAGACUCAAUUGAGUUGACUCUUACAUGGGAAGAAGCUCAAGUUCUGAUCCGAUCAGCUCAUGAUGAUUUUUCCAGUGUCUCUAGCGUUAGUGUAGAAGGCCACCAAUUUGAGGAAUUUGAGGAAGGACCAGUACUUGGGUUGCCAACAUAUUUUGGGAAAAAUCAAGAUGGGGAUAUUAAUAAUCGCUGGGUGCAGUGUGAAAAUUGUUCCAAGUGGCGCAGGCUUCCAUUGGAUGCUCUUCUGCAUCAUAGAUGGACUUGUUCUGAUAACAAGUGGGAUCCGGAAAGAUCUUCAUGCUCGGCUCCUCAGGAAAUUUCUAUGGAGACAAGACAUCUACUUCCAAUGAAAUGUGGUUCCUCCAAGAAAUCUAAGCUGAAGUUUGAGGAUGAGAAUUUUGAAGUAUCUGAUGGGCUUGACACACUUGCAAACCUUGCCAUUCUAGGGGAAAAUAAAUCCCACUCAGUUUCCUCCCAGCCAACUACCAAGCACCCACGCCACCGUCCUGGUUGCACCUGCAUUGUUUGCAUCCAACCCCCUAGUGGCAAAGGGCCAAAGCACAAGCAGACUUGCACGUGCAACGUCUGCCUCACUGUUAAGCGUCGCUUCCAAACUCUAAUGCUCCGACGAGAGAAGCGCCAGUCUGAAAAGGAAUCUGAGAAUGGUGAAACUCCCACAAAGCAGCAAAACUGUACUCAACCAGCACAGGUGCUGCCACAAACGCCACCUUCUCCAUCAGCUUGCAUUAUUCAUAAUGCAGGUCUCGGGAACUCCCCUCCAAUACUGAAUCCAAACAAUGGAUUAGUUGAUGAUGAAUUUGAGCGGAAGAGGGCCACACCUUCUCCUAUAAAAACACAGAUUGAUCUGAAUAUACAGCCUGAGCGAGAAGAAGAACCGUCACCUGUUGACGUUCCUGGAAGCAUGAUUGUAGCUUUCCAGAAUGAUCUUGAUUAGGAUCUCUCCAAGACCCUAUCGCCAACAAUCACUUUGAAGCAGCUAGGCUCCCUAUGAGGAAGCAAUCUGGAGUUCAAAUUAUUUUUGUCCCGUGAAAUUACUGCCCUGGUGCCAAACUGCUGUUGUUCACAUCUGCCUUCACGUUUCUGGUGGAAAGAGAAUACUUCCUUUUUGGUUUGUUGUUUCUACUGGUGAAAGGAGCUGUGAGGUUCUAGGUGAUGACAACAGAAGUUUCCUUGCCAACUUCUCAAUGCAAAUGUGAGCUUACAAAGUGCAGAGGAUCUUAAUUUUAAAUGUUUUUGUCGGUGAGAUUGUGGCAGACAAGAUUUUGCUGCCAUGGCUUUUUCCAUUACAAAAAUGGAACUGCAUUGUAAAUUUAGCCGUUAGGGUAUUGGUUUAAAGAUCUCACUUACCAUUUGUACACAUUUUAUAGUACUUUUGGAGACUAAAUCCUGCUAUUUGUACAUUUUCUUAUAGCUUGCUUAUUGUAAUUAUUUACAAAGUGCAAAAAUCCACUAGUAUCAUAU